GACCAAUGUCAUAUCAAUCGUCUUGUCGUUGUUUUAUUUUUUCAUAGCGAACUACGAAGUGUGAAUCGUAACAAUAAUAAAAAUAACAAUACUUUAGCCACAAAUAACUUACAUUUAUUAGUGCUUAAAAGUGGUCACUAUAUCUUAAUACCCGCGAUUGUAAAUUUAAUUAUUAUAAAUAGUGUUUCUCGCCCUGGAGGCGAGAAGGUUUCACCGAGCGCCAACAACCGAUGAACUUAUGAUAUCUAUAAUGCUGUCGCGGUUUCACCACUACCAUGGCUCAAAUAUUAUUUUAUUUGAAGAUAAUACAGUUGCUUAUCGAAAAGCAAGUUUCGCGCAUGGUUUAACUUUUAGUGAGAAACCGUUACUGCCAGGUGAAAUAUUUUUAGUGGAAAUCGAAAAAACAGAACGCGGAUGGAGUGGUCAUAUGCGUUUAGGUUUGACGUUGCUCGACCCCCAGAGUACUGCAUUAGGAGAGAAAGGUUUGCCGCAAUACGCUCUUCCUGACCUCGCUAACACGGGUAUGUCGUGGAUAUUCCCUAUAUCAAAGUCACAAAAUAAUGUACUUAUAGAACUUAUCAAUCAAGGUACUAGUGGGCGACGAGAUAACGAGCCUAGAGUAUCUGUAUUAGGGGAUGCCCACAAUGUACACACUCCUCGUGGCUAUGUAUCUAAGUCCACUUUAAGACCACAGACUGUAUCAAAAAAUGGCACUCCACAAGGCAUCUUACCUAUGGAUGCUGGAAGUCGUAUAGGUGUUAUGUUUGUUCCAUGCCCUAAAAAGAGUAAAGACGAGCCUGAUUUAGCUGAAAUGCAUUUCAUUAUAAAUGGAGAAGAGCAAGGCCCAUGCACAAAAGCAAUACCUUAUACUAGAGGUCCCUUACAUGCUGUUGUUGAUGUUUAUGGAACAACAAAACAAGUACGAAUUAUACAACUCUAUGGAGUGAAAACAUUACAAAAUGUUUGCCGAGAUGCUAUCCUACAAUUUGUGAAGGAUGGUUCAGUGAAGUCAUUGCCCCUUCCCCAGUGUUUAAAGGACUUUUUACUCUCAUAGAAGUGGCCAUUCUCAAUGGUAGUGACAAUACAGCUCUUGGGGAAUAUAUUAUUUGCUUUGCAAGUUUUGGGUAGAACAUUCCUGGCUUUGAUAAGUAAAGCCUAUAUUAAUUUAAUGUUUCUUUUUGUAAAAUAUGAAAUAGCAAGUGGUUUAGAAGUUCAAAUAAUAGAAGAAUUAUAAUAAAAUAAAAUUUUCUAUACUAUAUUCGAGAAGAAUUAGAGCUUGUUCAUAGUUCUGUAAAAAUGUAUCAGUUUCUCUCAUAAUAACCCAUAUCAAACUAUAAUGUUAGUUUGCACUUUUAAUUAAGUUGUAAUGAUCAGUUUUCUUUUACUAAAAAAACCUAAUGUGUUUCAAUAAAGUCAAAAAAUUGUUCUAAAAAUGUAUACCUAGGUCUUUUAGGAUGCAUGUAGUAAUGUGCCUGUAGAUUGCCUAAGCGUACCUUAUAUUUUUUAAAAGUAUUUUACACAUGUUAUAGAUUACUAUUCAAUAUAUUAUACACAAAAAUAUCUAUUAUAAACUGUUGUUCAUAAAAUACUACAAGCAAACACAAAAAAAUAGUUCUAAUUCUUCUCAAUGACAAAAUUAGAAUGAUUCCUGGGUAAGUCAUUUUAAUAAAAUCUAUAUGAAUUUUCAUAAUAAAUCUUAGUUCUAUGUAUAUUUUCUAUGCUUAUCUUUAUAUUUUAUUUUUAUAAUUUUUAAUACAGUGGAUCUGAACAAUUUUCUAAAAUAUGAAUAAAUUAAGAAUCGUGUAUCAUAAUAGUGCCUACAAAUUUUGCAUCUUUAUCAGCUCAUUAAAUUUUGUUUUUGUAAAAUAAAAGUUACAAGUUUUUA